UUGGCAUUGACUCUUUGGCUAAACAAAUCUGCAGGGAGAAGUUGAUGAAGCUCAGAGAAAUCAUUCAUAUUCAGGCCAAAAUCGUCUUCCGCGUAAAGUUCUGAGGAAGAAAUAUUUAUUUCUUGCGCACAAUAGAGGAGCUUGAAGAGCUUGAAUACCGAAGGCUUUCCUACCUGUAGUUUUCUACUUCUCUUUCUAGUAAAGCCAUGGAUUAAAGGGCAUAUAGACUGCACCUGAUGUAUGCCUCGAAAACAAAACACAAUCGGCCCGACACUUCAGAGACCGGAGGUCAAGUGGACAUUGUACCCGGCCUAGGUGAAAGAAUUGCCAAAAAGAGAGAUAAGGUUAGAAUCAAGUGCCAGAUUUGUAAUAAGUCAGGAGAUGUUGAAGAUGAAGGGGAUCCUUUUGAACUGACUUUGGGUGAAUAUAAACAUGGCAAAGAAUUUGACGAAGGCAUCUAUGGAAUGAAAGUCGACGGAACUAGACAACUUAAGAUCCCACCAGGACAAGGUCCUGGAAGUGGAAAAGACACUGGAAAAGUUCAGGGGGGUUUUAAGACUUAUCGUGUGGCACUUCUUGCUAUUUUCGAUCCCCCGUCAAGUUCCGGAAACUAAUCAAUAUCAAGGACAGCAUUAGAGUUCGAAGCCAUUUGGUUUUAAGCUUCCUUGUUGUUAAUAAUCACUAUCAGUCAUGCAGAGUUUAAGACCUUCCUGUGUUUAUUCUGACAGAAGAAUUUGGUUAGUAUUAAACAAGAGAUUUCAAUUACAGUCUCCUGAACCAACAAGUGCUUGUUGUUAUGAUGAAAUAAAUACAUUUUAUGCUACA